AUGGCGAGAAGCGGCGAGAGGGUCAAGGGUCGCAGGGUCGAAGGUCACGAGAGGUUUAUGUAUCAGUGCAGUGAAGUACAAUGUAGCAGAUGGGACCGGGGACUUCCCUCGCUCCCCCCAAAGCUUUCCCCACUGCCUCUACGCUUCCGCACGGAACGGUCAAUUUUAAAGGAUGACUUAGGCCCGAGGUCUGACCCACUCGACGUGGGAAGCCCGGUCCCCUCCCGGUCCCCCUCCCGGUCCCCCUCCCGGUCCCCCUCCCGGUCCCCCUCCCGGUCCCCCUCCCGGUCCCCCUCCCGGUCCCCCUCCCGGUCCCCUCCCGGUCCCCCUCCCGGUCCCCCCUCCCGGUCCCCUCCCCGGUCCCCCUCCCGGUCCCCCUCCCGGUCCCCUCCGGCCCCCUCCCGGUCCCCCCGGUCCCGGUCCCCCUCCCGGUCCUCCUCCGGUGCCUCUCCCGCUGCGACGGAGAGCUGUCUCACACCACCGGAGAGGACAUUCCAGCGACACUGCACAGCGUCGACACAACACAGAGAGUGGCAGGUACCAGUUGUAAGCUACAAUGCUCAGUUGGCGUGA